CUGCGUGUGUCACAUGAGGGGUGUGAACCAAAGGAAAGGGGAAGGGAGGAAUGUGAACGCGGACAUCAUUCUGCCAGCACAAAGGAGCUGCAUGGAGACUGCCAGAUAACAGCACAGAGUAAAAUGGGUGAACGCCGGCGAGGAACCGCACCGAAAGGAGGGCCGAAAAAAAUCAGCAACGGGCAGAGCAAGGAUCAGGGGCAAUGGGGGCGAGCCUGGGAAGUGGAUUGGUUUUCCUUGGGCAGCGUGGUGUUCCUGCUGAUGUUCGCCCCGCUCAUCGUGUAUUAUUUCGUGAUGUCAUGUGACCAGUACCAGUGCUCCCUGGCCGCCCCUGUCCUGGACAUAUACUCAGGCAAAGCCCAACUCUCUGACAUCUGGCAGAAGACUCCCCGCCUCAGCUGGACGGCUGUCCAGAUCUACACCGUCUGGGUUCUAUUCCAGGCGUUCCUUUACGUGGCAAUCCCUGAUGUUUGCCACAAGUUCCUGCCCGGGUAUGUUGGAGGCGUUCAGGACGGAGCGCGCACCCCCGCCGGUAUAAUUAACAAGUACGAAGUGAACGGUCUGCAGGCCUGGAUCCUCACGCACAUCCUCUGGUUUGCGAACGCUUAUCACUUUCACUGGUUCUCCCCGACCAUCAUCGUGGAUAACUGGAUCCCGCUGCUGUGGUGCGCCAAUAUUUUGGGAUACGCCGUCUCCAGCUUUGUUCUGGUGAAAGCCUACUUCUUCCCGACAUGCGCAGAUGACUGCAAAUUCACUGGAAACUUCUUCUAUGACUACAUGAUGGGCAUUGAAUUUAACCCCCGCAUCGGAAAGUGGUUCGAUUUCAAGCUGUUUUUUAAUGGCCGCCCUGGGAUUGUUGCCUGGACCCUGAUUAACCUCUCCUAUGCCGCUAAGCAGCAGGAACUGUACGGCCAGGUCACCAACUCCAUGAUUCUUGUGAACCUUCUCCAGGCCAUAUACGUUGUGGACUUUUUCUGGAAUGAGGCCUGGUACCUGAAAACUAUAGACAUCUGUCACGAUCACUUCGGCUGGUACCUCGGAUGGGGCGACUGUGUGUGGCUGCCAUAUCUCUACACUCUCCAGGGUUUAUAUCUGGUGUAUAAUCCGGUUCAGCUGUCCACGCCGGCCGCCGUGGGAAUUCUUCUCUUCGGUCUGGUCGGAUACUAUAUUUUCCGGAUGACGAACCAUCAGAAAGACUUGUUCCGACGCACUGACGGCAACUGCAAAAUAUGGGGCCAGCGACCCAAAUACAUAGAGUGUUCGUACACGUCGGUGGACGGCAAGCGGCACCACAGCAAGCUGAUGAUCAGCGGGUUCUGGGGGGUGGCCCGCCACUUCAACUACACGGGGGAUCUGAUGGGAUCCCUGGCCUACUGCCUGGCGUGCGGCUUCGACCACCUCCUGCCGUAUUUCUACAUUAUAUACAUGUUCAUUUUACUCGUCCACCGCUGUAUACGAGACGAGCACCGCUGCUCCAGCAAGUACGGCAAGGACUGGAAGCUGUACACGGACGCCGUGGCCUACAGACUGCUCCCCGGCGUCUUUUAGAGCGGCCUUCCGGAAGAGGCCGGCUUUAUACUUUUUGGACAGAUUUGACGAGUUCUGAUUUGGAACCCGUUGGCAGCAGAUACUUGAAUCUGUAACCUGCAUUCAGAGUGCUCGGGCGUCAUGCCCAUCACCCUCAGCAGUGUCAGGCCCAUCACCCUCAGCAGUGUCAGGCCCAUCACCCUCAGCUGUAUCAGGUGUUUUUUUACCGUCGCAUUUCCUCCUUGCCUGAAUAAAGUUUUACACCUCCUGA